CCCUGGGAGUUGAGCGUGGCACCUCACGUGGUAUCACGGCCCCUUGUCUCACGGGGUUGCGCCUGCGCGGUGGCGGCAGGAGCGUCUGGAAUCUGAGCGUGUUUGUCAGUUUCUCCGCCCACUUCUUCCGACAUGAACGGGCAAGUGUCCUGAAGAUGGAUGGGAUGAAAGUACCAUCGAACUCUUUCUUCAUGAACUUGCCAUUAUGGAUAGCAACAAUUUUCUGGGCAACUGUGGUGUGGGUGAGAGGGAAGGAAGAGUGGCAUCAGGAAUGGUUGCCCGUCGGCAUUACAGGUUAAUCCAUGGAAUUGGGAGGUCAGGGGAUAUUUCUGCUGUCCAGCCUAAAGCCGCAGGUUCUAGCCUUUUGAACAAACUUACUAAUUCAGUAGUUCUGGACAUUAUAAAACUGGCUGGUGUCCGGACAGUGACCAGUUGCUUUGUGGUUCCUAUGGCAACUGGCAUGAGUCUAACCCUGUGUUUCUUAACACUGCGGCACAAGAGACCAAAGGCAAAGUAUAUUAUUUGGCCACGCAUAGAUCAGAAAUCCUGCUUUAAAUCUAUGAUAACUGCAGGUUUUGAGCCAGUGGUGAUAGAGAAUGUAUUAGAAGGUGAUGAGCUGCGCACAGACGUAAAGGCGGUAGAGGCUAAAAUCCAGGAUCUUGGAGCUGAAAAUGUUCUCUGUGUUCAUUCUACUACAUCUUGCUUUGCUCCAAGGGUACCUGACAGACUGGAAGAACUGGCUGUGAUUUGUUCUAAUUAUAACAUUCCUCAUAUUGUCAACAAUGCAUAUGGAGUUCAGUCUUCAAAAUGUAUGCAUCUCAUCCAGCAGGGUGCUCGAGUAGGUAGAAUAGAUGCUUUCAUCCAGAGCUUGGACAAAAAUUUUAUGGUUCCAGUAGGUGGUGCUAUCAUUGCUGGUUUCAAUGAUUCCUUCAUCCUGGAUAUCAGCAAGAUGUACCCAGGAAGAGCAUCAGCAUCUCCUUCCUUAGAUGUCCUCAUUACACUACUGUCCCUGGGUGAAAGUGGUUAUAGACAGCUACUAAAAGAGAGAAAGGAAAUGUUUUCCUAUCUUUCAAGUCAGCUGAGGAAGCUAGCAGAAGUCUACAAUGAGAGGCUGUUGAACACACCACACAAUCCUAUUUCCUUAGCUCUGUCUCUAGAGAACCUAGAUAAACACAGUGACAUGGCUGUUACUCAGCUUGGAUCUAUGCUUUUCACAAGACAAGUAUCAGGAGCAAGGGUGGUUCCCCUUGGGUCUUUGCAAACAGUGAAUAACUACACUUUCAAAGGCUUUAUGUCACAUACAAAUUACUAUCCCUGUGCUUACCUCAAUGCUGCUUCAGCAAUUGGAAUGAAAAAGCAAGAUGUAGAUCUGUUCCUAAAAAGACUGGAUAAGUGUAUGAAGACUUUUAGAAAAGAAAAGAGCAAUGGAAAAGAUGUGCCUGAAAUGGAUAACUGUACUAAACAUACAAGUGCAGGAGAAGCUGAAGACUAGAGCAAGAUGCAGAUUUUGGAACACACAAAGUUUGGUCCCCUCAAGACUAUGGGAAAUACUACCCUUUGGAAGUGGGCAGAGUUUCACAGCACUGCUGCUAGAAGGUGGUGAUAGAAUGAAGGCGGCUCUCUUUUGGAGGUAGGGUGAUAAUGGCUGCCUUCCAUGAAAAUUUUGCAAUGAGAUUGUAUGGGGAAGGGGAAGAACUCAAGAACCUUUGCCGCACUGCACCCAGCCACAAAGUUCAUAAGAGGGCAGGAGUGAACUGACAUUUGACCUGAUGAUCAUGUGGAGAUUUUGAGCAACUGCACUUUCAACAUGAUGGAAGAAGUAAGGCCACGGGGCCUCCCACAACUCCUCAAAGAAAACCAAAUUAAGUGGUUGAGAGGGGUGGUUCUGUUUGUAGGAGGGGGCCAAUGCUUUUUCCUCUCAAGGUGUGCGAGAUGCAGUGCUUUAGUUCCAUUUUACCAUGUAAUAACUUGUGCUAAUUAGUUGUUCCUGAAUGUUUGACAUGUCUGAUUAAUUGUGUAUUAAGAUCACCUGUAAUGUCUUACUUUAAAUGAUCCAGGGCAAAAAUACAUAAUAAAUGUUUUAGUAUA